UUCCGAGUGUCCUUAAACGCAGCAGUCUCCUUCAGCUGUCUGAGAACUGGGCAGCUGUCACUUGAUUUUGUGUACCCGGCUAACAGACACGUAUUAUUGUUUUAACAGGCUUUACCACCACAAUGGCACGUGGGCAUCAGAAGAUUCAGUCUCAGCAGAAAAAUGCAAAAAAACAGGCUGAUAUGAAGAAGGCCAAGGGUCAUGAUCAGAAGACGGCAGCCAAGGCAGCUCUUGUGUUCACCUGCGCUGUGUGCAAGUCUCAGAUGCCUGACCCGAAAACCUUCAAGCAGCACUUUGAGAGCAAACACCCGAAAUCCCCUCUGCCCCCGGAGUUAGAGGGAGUGGAGGCAUAAACGGUCACACUGGAUACCAAACUGAAUUCUUCAAGGCCCAGCACCAACUCUACACUCGCCUCAGUCUGGCAGCAUCAGAUGAUUCGAUGUAACCAACAUGAAGCUGUUAUCUUAAUUAAGGCUUUGAAUGAGCCAGGUUUUCCUUGAUGCAAUGCUUCCUCUCAUCCAGUCCGGUCUUAGCUUGUGUAUGAGAACACUGGACAUGAAUGAGGCUGUCAGUUCAGGAGCGAUGAAGACCUGUACAAUCCAGAAACAGUCUACUCUCAGAAAAGACUCCUCACUGCUCCAAUGUUUUGUGCUCAUAAAAAAAUAUCUUGCUGCUUGUUGUCUUAAUCUGAAACUUGAUGGUCCUAAUGUCUGAUAAAACCUUCAGAACAAAUUUACCCCAUGAGAAUUAACUCAAAGUGUCCUAAAAUAAAGCUCAGUUUUGGACUGGAUGGGAGAAUUCUAAUUUGCUGCAGUAAAUGCAAUGAAAAUCGUGACCUCAUCUAUUUUAGCUUUGAGUAUUGAAUCAAAAUGAGGCAGUGAGAUUUUCUUUCAUACUAAAUAUGGUACACCGCCACAGCGCUGUCUGCCUUGUUCUGCUACUGUAAUCUGUCAUCUAGCUAAUCCUAAUUUCAUGUUUGCUAACAAGAAUGUGAAAUUUUGCUAUAGCCGUUUCCGAGAUGCUAAAUGAAUUGUCAAUUGAUAACAUUUUACGGGAGCUUGUCAGCAACAUUUUUAUGCCUGGAAAAUGAAUGUAUGCUCCAAUGAUGAAUUAUAGCAUUUUAUUAAAUUUUACUUUGUUGUA